AUGGAUCACGUGAAUUUAGCAUACCAAGUCCUGCAAGCGACCACACCUCUAGCACAACUCCUCCUCGUCCCUCUCCUCCUGCUGCUGGGGCACUCCAUCUCCCGAAGCCGCCAUGGCAGCAAGCAGCAGCAGCCGAAGCGUCGCCUUCCCCCUUCUCCUCCGGGCCUGCCCAUCAUCGGCCACCUGCACCACGUCGGCAACCGCCCACACGUCUCCCUCCGCGGCCUCGACGCGAAGCACGGCGGCGGCGGCCUCAUGUUCCUCCGCCUCGGCACCGUCCCGAGCCUGAUCGUGUCGUCCCCGCGCGCGGCGCAGCUGGUCCUGCGGAUGCACGACCACGCCAUCGCCUCGCGGCCGGCGUCCAAGGUCGCCGACGCCCUGUUCUACGGGUCGACGGACAUCGGCUUCUCCCCCUACGGCGAGCACUGGCGCCAGCUCAGGAGGCUCGUCACCACACACCUCUUCUCCGUCAAGAAGGUGAACUCCUACCGGGACGCCCGACAAGACGAGGUGCGCCUGGUCAUGGAGAAGAUCCGGGAGACGGCGGUUGCGGGCAAGGCGGUGGACAUCAGUGAGACGAUGAACACGUUCGCAAACGACAUCGUGUGCCGAGCCGUGUCGGGCAAGUUCUUCAGGGAGGAAGGCCGGAACAAGCUCUUCCGGGAGAUGAUCGAGACGAACAUUCGUCUGAUUGAUGGGUUCAACCUGGAAGAGUACUUCCCAGGGCUUUCAAACGCAUUAGGUUCGAUCACCGGCUGGUUUUCGAGCAACAAGGCCGACGAGUCACGCAAAAGAUGGGACGGGUUGCUUGAAACGAUAAUAACCGACCACGAGGGACGAAGAAGAAGCUCUGAGCAUGGCCGUGUUGGUGGUGGUGUUGAGCAAGAAGACAGUGACUUCAUCGACGUGUUGCUCUCGGUUCAGAAGGAGUACGGCAUCACCAGAGACCACAUCAAGGCCAUCUUGAUUGACAUGUUUAGUGCGGGCACGGACACGUCAUCGUUGGUUCUAGAGCUCGCCAUGGCGGAGCUCAUGCGCAACCCUCAGCUCAUGACCAGGCUACAAGCCGAGGUGCGGGUGAACACACCGAAAGGACAAGAAAUGGUGGCGCAAGACGACAUAGCUAGCAUGACAUAUCUGAGAGCCGUUGUGAAAGAGACGCUAAGGCUGCACCCACCAGCGCCGCUGCUUCUCCCUCACCUCUCAAUGGUGGACUGCGAGGUCGAUGGCUACACGAUCCCCUGUGGGACGCGAGUCAUCAUCAACGAAUGGGCUAUUGGUAGAGAUCCUGAGUCCUGGGAGAAGCCGGAGGAGUUCAUGCCUGAGAGGUUCACAGAAGGUGGCAGCGCUGCGGCCGUCGACUUCAGAGGCAACGAUUUUCAGUUUGUGCCGUUCGGGGCUGGCCGGAGGAUCUGCCCUGGCCUCAACUUUGGCAUGGCUACUGUUGAGAUCAUGCUGGCAAACCUUGCGUACUGUUUUGACUGGGAGCUGCCGGCUGGCAUGGAGAAGGAGGACAUAGAUUUGACGGAGGUGUUUGGUUUGACUGUCCAUCCAAAGCAGAAGCUCAUCCUGGUGCCGAAACUACACGCUAUUGGUGUUCAUGCCCUGCAAGUCGAAUGA